UCUCCAACUUCCACCGGCGGAGCGUCUCGCCUUUGAUCGCUAAAAAGAGCCGUUUGCGGGGAACACGAGCGCUGGCAGGUGUGUCACUUUCCAUUCUGCCCAGUAGGUGGGACUUGAAGCCAGGAGCUCGCACUUCUCCUUUCCGCGUCUUUUUUUAUCUCGUUUUUUUCCCUCCCCCUGCCGCUGUUCCUGCGAGUCCUACAGCUGUGUGUGAACAGCCAAGUGCCAGGCGACUAACGGCAACAGACGACGGGGGUAAACCUAUACCAUGAGGUCGGGAGAGGAGGACGGAGCGGGAGUAUUGAUUUUGCAAGCCUUUCUGUUGUGACGGAGUAUUGUUCAACUUGUCGGCUUCUGAAAUCGGACAUUUACGGCAUUGGUAUUAAUUUGACAUACCUCCACACUGAUUAACGCUCACAUAAUCACAGGCACAGGCACGCACACACAUAUCCAAACUCGACACUAACAUCUCUACUUCUUUACUAACGCAGGACAUCAGACCCCGCUUUUAGCUCGGGAAACAUGGAUGUAUCGUUCUUUACACUCCGAAUCUGUUGGUGGAAGGUAUUAUUUCUCUUGAGCAUCUUCCAGGACUAUCUGAGCUCCAUGCUGGACUGCCCGCCGACCUGCAUUUGUUCUUCUACCGAGAUUUAUUGCAAUAAGUCUGACAAUGGGAAAUUCUUCCCUUUGCUCGCUCUGCAAGACACCGUGGGCAAUGGCAAUAACAGCAACAGCAUCCAAGAUCUGUUCAAGAACAUCACGUCCAUACACAUAGAGAACUGGACAGGCCUGCAGACGCUGAAGGACGUUGACAUGGAGCUGUACACAGGACUUCAGAGGCUGACAAUCAUGAGAUCGAACCUGCAGACGAUCCAGCCGCGAGCCUUCGCACAGAACCCCCACUUGCGUUACAUAAACCUGUCGAAAAACCCACUCACCACGCUUUCCUGGCAGCUCUUCCAGAACCUCCAGAUCUUCGAGCUGCGACUGGAGGAGGUGGUGUUUGACUGUGGCUGCACCAUCCGCUGGAUCCAGCUGUGGCAACAGAGGGGGGAGGCCGGCUUGCAGAAUCAGCACCUCUACUGCAACAGCGGUGGCUCGAAGACCCCUCUGCAGCUCAUGAACAUCUCCCAGUGUGACUUGCCUGAAAUUAGCAUGACUCACAGCAACCUGACUGUGAUUGAGGGGGACAACGUGACAUUCACCUGUAAUGGCUCGGGUGCACCUCUGCCAGAGGUGGACUGGAUGGUCAGGGAGCUGCACUCCAUAAACACACAUCAGUCGUUCGUCUAUUUGCCCAACGUGCACUCCAUCAACCUGACUCUGGUGAAUGUCAGCCGGGAUGACAACAGUUUCAUGCUGACGUGCAUCGCGGAGAACGUGGUGGGGAUGACCAACGCCUCGGUGCAGCUGGCCGUGCAGUUCCCUCCCACCAUCCUGAAGCUGGACGAACCCGAGCGGCGACACGACACCUGCAUCGAAUUCACGGUGCGUGGCUUCCCCCACCCCACCUUGCGCUGGCUCUACAAGGGCAAAGAGAUCUCGCAGAGCGACUAUGUGCGGACGGAGAUGGACAUCUUCCAGGACUACCUGGAGGGCUGCCUGACCUUCAAAGACCCCACACACCACAACAACGGCAACUACACCCUGGAGGCCACCAACUUCCUGGGCACAGCCACCAAGACCGUGUACGGGCACUUCCUAACCCCGCCCUUCCUGGGAGGAGUGCCUUACGGUGAGAUCACCACUCCCACGCCGACCAGCGUCACACACCGGCCGGACGAGGGCACGUUCGGGGUGUCCAUAGCGGUUGGCCUCGCUGGCUUCACCUGUGUGGUUCUGGUCCUUCUCUUCGUCCUCAUCAACAAAUAUGGCCGACACUCCAAAUUUGGCAUGAAAGGUCCGGUGGCGGUGAUCAGUGGGGAGGAGGAUUCGGCGAGCCCCCUCCACCACGUGAACCAUGGCAUUAUUACACCUUGCACCCUGGAUGCUGCUCCUGAUGCCGUGGUCAUUGGCAUGACCCGGAUCCCGGUCAUCGAGAACCCGCAGUACUUCAGGCAUGGGCACAACUGUAACAAGCCAGCCACCUAUGUCCAGCACAUCAAGAGGCGGGACAUCGUGUUGAAGAGGGAGCUGGGGGAGGGUGCCUUCGGGAAGGUCUUCCUGGCGGAGUGUUACAACCUGAGUCCCACUAAAGACAAGAUGCUGGUGGCAGUCAAGACGCUGAAGGACCCGACUCUGGCUGCAAGGAAGGACUUUCAGAGGGAGGCGGAGCUUCUGACCAACCUGCAGCACGAGCACAUUGUACGCUUCUACGGAGUCUGCGUUGACGGCGACCCACUCAUCAUGGUCUUUGAGUACAUGAAGCGGGACCUCAACAAGUUCCUCAGAGCCCAUGGCCCCGAUGCCUUGAUCCUGGUGGACGGGCAGCCUCUGCCCACCAGCGGGGAGCUAGGCCUUUCGCAGAUGCUGCACAUCGCCACCCAGAUUGCCGCUGGCAUGGUCUACCUUGCCUCCCAGCACUUCGUGCACCGUGACCUGGCCACCCGCAACUGCCUGGUGGGCAACGGCCUGCUGGUGAAGAUCGGCGACUUCGGCAUGUCCAGGGACAUCUACAGCACCGACUACUACCGGGUGGGCGGACACACCAUGCUGCCAAUCCGCUGGAUGCCCCCGGAGAGCAUCAUGUACAGGAAGUUCACCACGGAGAGCGACGUGUGGAGCUUCGGCGUCAUCCUCUGGGAGAUCUUCACCUACGGGAAGCAGCCGUGGUUCCAGCUGGCAAACAACGAGGUCAUCGAGUGCAUCACGCAGGGCCGCGUCCUGGAGAGACCCCGCCUCUGUCCAAAGGAGGUAUACGACGUCAUGCUGGGCUGCUGGCAGAGGGAGCCGCAGCAGCGACUGAACAUCAAGGACAUCCAGAAGAUCCUCUACGCCUUGGGGAAGGCCACGCCAGUCUACCUGGACAUCCUAGGCUAGCAGUGCCUGGGCCACCCACUCGUCCACCUGCCCGUCUCUGGCAGACAGGCCAGCACUACCCAGGAAUAACCAAACAACACAUACCUUAGUGCUCUGCUGUCACACGCCCGACAUGGGGAUGGACCUAAGUGCCUGCUACUCCUUUCCACACACUGGAUAAUGGUCUUAAAGAAAGACAAAAAAAGCACUUUUACAUUUUGUUUACGUGCAUAUAAAAAUGUACAGUUAUACUGUAUGAAGAUUGAAAUCCUUUUUUCUUAAAAAUGGCCUCCAAAAUGAACAAAACAAAUAUAAAAAAGCACCGAAAAACUGGGGAAAAAAAAGAAAACCAAUAAUUUUGCAUUUGGUACAACAACUUAACAAGAUUAAAUACCUGGGUGUUUUUUUUUCCAUUUGUUUUCAUAUCCUGUCCAAAUAGAUAUAUACUUUUUUUGUUUUUUAUUUUUAAUACGUUGUGGUUGUCUGCAGUGUCGAUCACAAAGAGUACGGCGCUUUUUGCAGAUGACUUAAUCACGUUAUUGAGUGGGACCAGUGGCAGGGACUUACUGAAGAAAGCCUUACUGCACUCUGAUUGGCUGGAUUGUGACUCUGAUGCUGGAGAUGCAUCUUGGGGGAUUUUAUUUUUCUGAAAAUAAUAAUAAUAAUAAAAAAAAAAAUCUGCGUAUUGGAGAACUGGAGAACCCUUUACCAAGAAGGACCCAACAAUCAAUACAAACAACCUAAUUUAAUAAUUUAAAUGUAUAUACUGUAAAUUCUGUGUCACAAAUUAUGUUAACUUAUUUCUUUUCCUGUUUAGGUUAUUUAGUUUGUUGUGAUGUUAUGGUGAGUUAAUCCUAGAAUUGUUUUUUUUCCUUUUUUAGUUUCUCGACUUUUUAACAUGAUCAUAGAAUGUAUGUUUCCUUCUUUUUAAUCGAGCAAGGACACCAAACGUCUCAUCGUCUGUAAUCCUAACGGAAAAGAGUAUGAACUGAGGUUGGAGAGCUGCUGAGGCGUGUCACAGAGACGCUGGUGUUUUCGAGGUCCUUUUGCUUUUUUCUCGCCGAUGUGGAGUCGGUGGGAGGCGCUUCUCUUCACUGUGUUACCCUCGGAGAGGGUAACUCUGGUGCAAGAGGCCUCUGGCCUUUCAGACUCACGGAGGAAGACGUGUAUCUGAGCAUGUCAACAGGACUGUCGAAGGCAUCCCAGGACUUAACCCUGACUGUCCGUCGCAUUUAGAGGAAGCUCAUUCGGAUGUCACGUGGUAGUACACAGUCCAUGUUCCCCACGUUCUGCAUUCCACAGUGGUCUGUGUGUCAUUGUCACCCAUCAUCAGUGUUUGCCUGGGAGGUGUUGUGAUGGUGUAAAUAGCCCUCAGUCCACAUCCAGACUCAGCAACCGGAUUUCUAAAUAUUAUGCGGCACGGUUGCGGCCUUUGCAUUGGGUUCCUUUUUUUGUGAAAUGCAAAUUUGCGUUAAUACAGGUUUUAAAUGAAUGGUUAUUAUAAUUAUUGAUUUCUUAUUAUUAGCGUAAGCAGAGUAUCACCUGGUUUCAUCCUGCCAAAAAUAGCACGCUUUCUCUAGCCUUUCUACAAGACGUGCUUCAGAGAGUGUAAACAUGAGCCGUAUAUGCGGUCUCACUCACCUGCAAAAACCGGGCAGGCUAAAGCCGACAGAGCGCUGCCCUUUAGGUCCCCUCUGUAAGCGUACAUCGCAGUAGUAUAUUUACUAAUUGUCACUGACCAUUAAUUUAAAUGAACAAAAAUCACUUUGGAUUUUCAGAUGAGGCCAGACCUGACAUCACCAUGCAGUCUCAGUAAACGGUGCGGGUGACCUGUGUUUAAUAGGCGCUUGGCUUGCUGUGACUCUUGUUGAGACUCCUCUCAUGCAGCUAUGCCUCACGGCUGUGCCUGUGAGCUCGACACUGUGGAUCUGAGUUCCUGCAGUGACUGUGUCUGUUCCUGUUCCUGCCAGGCCUCAGAAAGGCCCACAGCAUGCAACCAGAUCAUGUUUUAGCCUUUCACCCCCCCCAUCAGUAUAUUAUAAAUAAAGAGUGCCCCCGCUCCUUAUGAGGAUAGUCGGCGGAUUCGGGUAUCUGCGGGCCCUCUCCACCAUGUGCAGGAUCUUCUAGCCCUACUUCUAAGGGGGAAUCAGAGCUGUGGUCCAGGACGACGGGGAGGGAAAUGUUCGUGUGAGAUAAUCUGCUUCUGCCUUUCAUAUCCCGGCAUCCUGUCUCCGCGGUUUCAUUCACGGCUCUACUCUUUAGGUCUGUUAACGCUUAGCCUCUUCCCCCCCACCCCCACUGCUGUGGCCCGACUCUCUACAGUAUAUACAUGGGAUGCAGGCUGCGGUGGAUGUAAGAACGGCUGCAGAUCAGUGUACCAGUUCAUCAGCAGUAUUUGCGUUUCAAACGGUUAUUUUUUUUUUUUUUUGUGACACGUUGCUGACAUUUGUAAUUGGCCAGUAAUCUGAGACUUUCUUUUACAUGCUUUGAUAUCAGUAAUGUAUACCAUCUGGAUGGAUUUGAGGGCACGGAUGCUAUGUUUUAUUCGAUUAUAUAUGUGACCACUUGUUAAUUUGGACUGAGCUCAUGCUGGGUUGCAGCUAGUGAGGGCCUGUGUGGGCUCGUCCCAUUCGUGGGCCCUGCGUUCGCGGAGCCGCCACAUUUCCUCUAUAGCUCUAUUGUGCUCCCAGCACUCAAGGCUUGAGUUUAUGGUGUGACGGCUCUGCAUGCCCAGGAAGUGGCAGCCAGUGGGCCCUCUUUGGCUCUCUUUCCUGGCUGAGGCUUGGAGGAGGAAGCAGGGGCACCUGUGGCGUGAAGACAGGGGCAGAGUGAGAAGCAGCGCCCCCGUGUGUCGGAAUCUUGAUCUGCAUGCACACAUACAUCACAGAGCAGGGGAACUUAAUAGAUCUCUUUGUAUCUCCUUCUGUGGGAUUUGCUUAAUAUUAUUUUCAUGGACUCUAUUAUGGAUAUUGUGUUAUGAUAAUGGUAUUCCCACCCCAAUCCGCAAACCACACAAAAGCAUUUUCUGCUGUGAAUUUUUAUGGAAAAGUUAAUUUAGUGGAACAGUAUUUUACCCAAUAGCAUUGUAGCCUCACACCUCCAGGCUUGGGUGUUCCCACCCCCAGGCUCCCCCUGUUUGAGUAGGAUUUCUACAUUGGAUAAGCAUUAAGGAAGAUGAAUGGUUGUGGCUGGAAUUCUUUUUUCCUCUUUCUGAGAGGUGAUGGCGUCUGGGGUGAGAUACCUGGUAGCGUGUUUCGAACAAUGGCCAGACUUCGAAUCUGUGACUUACAUGUUUCCUCGCCGAUGCUAUGCCCUUUUACUCCCAAGAGAACGGCCUUUACUGGGGUAAUUCUGCUACCUGUACUUACUGUUUAAGCUCAUCUGCAAAGAAAAUCAAUAAAUUAAUUGCGUCUGAGGGAGAAUCGUCGGCUUCUGGGCGGCGUAAUCAAAACAAAGUGAGUGUGACAAGAUGGUGGCUCAGAACCAGCCCCC